AUGAGCUCAAAUCGAUCUCAACGCGGUGGAACAGCAAGUGGACGAGAUCGGCGAAUGUUCGCGUCGAUUCAAUCAGCGCUUGGUGGGCCAUCUCCACAAGGACCACGCACUCGUGCCCGCGCUCGUGCUAAUGAAGAAAAAGCUGAGAAACUGGAUGACGUUGAUCAAGUGAUUGCCCAAAUCAGUAACCUUUCGAUUCGAGGUGAUCGCUCAGCGAUGCAGAUAAAGAAGAACAUUGUCUCUUGCAAUUAUUUGGAGGAAAUGGAUGAUGAGGAAUGGGAUAAACUGUGCAAAGCGUUGUUUCAUUCGGCUCUCCACGAGAACGAGACGGAUUUCGUCGUGGAUCUCUUUGGCAGUUUACUCGUUCAUCCCGUAUUUUGCGAAGUGAUUUGCAUCGAGAUCGCUCAAACUUCAGCCACCUACAUUAUGGAGGGCAACGAUGACGAUACAGUGCCCACAUUUCUUGGAGCAAUUCUUUGCGGAAACUGGCCAAGAGGCGCCACUAGAGCCACUGAGUCAAACAAUCCAAUUCUCUACACAGCUCUCUCAAUUGUAAAAGGAUGGCUCAUCGUAUUGAACGAUUCAGAAAAGGAAUCACUCAAAUCUUCAUCCAACACAAUGAAACGAGAUUUUGAUGAUUUGGAGGAUGAUGAAGAUGACGAAGAUGACGAAGAUGAAGAGAAAAAUGAUGUAGAAGCUUCACAAGAAGAAAAAGAAGAACAGGCUAGCCCAGAAGUGGUUGAACGAUGUGCGAAAGCGGUGGCGAUGCUCUGCCGUUCAGCUCAGCGCUCUCUAUGGAUGAAAUGGCCAACACUAUGCGAUGAGAUCUACUCAGCGAUUAAACCCGCAAUCACACACUCGAAAGUGCUCACCGGAGGAACGAAAGCCGACCUCUUGACAACGCUUCUUUUACUCCACAAAUGGACAAGCACAAAGGAGGUUAACACAAAAUCUUCAUAUACACAAACUGUUAGCAGC